AUGAUGGCUGUCGAAAUGGACUAUUAUGAAGGAAAUGGCGAGGCAGGGCUCGACCUUGAGAUCAAAGAACCCCGUCAAUUCAGAGGCGCCUCGCCGAAUCCAUUGAUUGAUGAUCUUCGAGCUCAGAACCUGCCUCGGGGCGUGCUCAUCCCUCUGAAAACGACCCAGGAGGUUCGCCAAGAUCACACCAUUGUGCAGGCACUCCUGCGCGACAUGUGUCCUGACGGUAACGCUAAUACCUUACCGCACCUUCGUCGAUGCGCAAAGCCGUCAGAUCUCCCUGCUCAUCUCAAGACGCAGUUGAUGAAUGACACGCCAGUUGGACGGCAGAUUCACACUGCAAAAUCUACCUGGAUAUACAUCAUCGUAGGAGAGGCCAAGGACUUUUCCCAAGAGGAGCUCAUUGAGCUGCUAUCUGGCGUGGAAGGAAUCGAGAAGGAACCCUUCGUAAGCCUCAUUCCAGUUCCACUGCUGGCACCGACCUCCCAGGUCCAGGCCGCCAUGUGGUCCUCACAGUUCUGGCCAACUGUCUAUCGCAAGAACAACCCUCUGGGACCACACCCAGGCAUGGUGGCCCGUGGCACCGACGACAUCAAGCAUGACACGGCAAUCUGGAUGGCAUUAGCCCAUCGCGUCGCUCUCCAGGCCAAGGAAGCAGGUAUUGGAGAGGCCAUGGGUGCCGUAAUUGUCCAGAGGAGCGAAUACGGCACAGAGCUCGUUGGACUUGCUGGAGAUGCCAGGUACCAUCAAGGGGGUGCCUUAAUCAUGGGUGGCAACAAUCCCAUGUCACACUGCGUCCUGCGCGCUAUUAGCAUGGUGGCCCAGAAACUCGUCCGGUACGAGCGAUUGGCUACCGAACAACCGAUGGGGUCCGCCAAUUUGGACUUUGACGCCUUCCAGGACGUGCCCUUGAUUGAGCUGGAAAGAGAGUGUUACAAGCAAGAACACCCAAACAGAGACGGCUACCUAUGCCACGGACUAGAGCUCUACGUUACUCACGAACCAUGCGUAGCGUGCUCCAUGGGUGUGCUCCACUCGCGCAUGGGAAAGGCGGUAUUCUGCAACCAUAUGCCUCGAUCAGGCGGCCUGAGCUCAGAUGAUCGUCCUGAUGGAGGUGGACGAGGAUUGGGUCUUUUCUGGAGACGAGAGCUCAACUGGAGCUUGCUGGCCUGGGAGUGGGAGAGUGACGGCGUACCUGACCUCCCCUCUGUUGACCCAACCACUCACGUUUAG